AUGCGCGACUCCUUGAAUCGUUUGUUGCGACAAUCACAUUAUGAAAAUCGCGUAGAGCGUUUGCUGGAGUCUGUGGCGGAAACAAGAAGAGCGCUAGAGUUGGAGCAAGAGGGCUUGUCGAGUGUGUUCAAGAGGUACAAAAAAAUAUUUGAAGCGCUUUUGUCUGAAAGAAGGACGAUUGGGCAUCGGCAUGAUCGGUUGGUGGCAGCAGUUAUGUGCAUGUCGAACUCAUCCUUUCGCUUCGAUCGGGAAAAAGCAGCCGAAAAAGAGGAGAAAUUGCAAGAGCAGGAGGCAUUAUAUCGAAGGAAAUAUGAUGAAGUUAAAGCCGAGUUGUCGAACAUUGAAGAAGAAAAGAGAGGUGUAGUGGAAGAAGAAGAAAAGGCUGAGGUUGAGAUUGCAAUGCUGAAAAAUGAACUGAAACUGCUUGAAGCAAUGGAAAUUGAAGAUCCUGAAACUUUCACAGAGCGCAACAAUGCUCUCCGUCAAAUUCUGCAGGAAGAGUUCAAUGAAAAGGUAUGUGCUGAGCAGGAGAGAAUCGAAAAGCUGGAGGUUCAGCUGAGUCAAACAAAGAAGGAGCAUGCAACACUGUUGACGACCACAGACAACGACUGGACGGAAGAAGCUGAAAAGGAAAAAGAAGAAAUGAAGCAGUUGCAUGAAAUGCUGGAUAACGAACGAAUUAAAUGCGGCUUCCUCAAAGCGAAUUUGCUGAAAUUGGAUCACGAAGUAUUCUUUUUUCUGGCAGCUUGUUCCGCUGUUGUUAUUUUUGCAAUCAUAUCUAUCUUUCUGAUUUUAUUGUUUAUAGCUUUUUCUUGA